AUGUGGUGCCGAACUAUACUGACUGCAGUAGCAAUAACAUGUACGUUCACAAGUGAAAUAAUCGUACACAACCAGGGCCCACGGACGGUAGUCCAGAUAAAAGAUGUGGUGUGUAUGUUAUUGUUGAGUGGACUGCAAAAGGAGGACCUGGACGCCAGCACACUGGGGAAGCUGCGCCGAUAUAAUGUAAACAUCGAUGAUAUGUACAAUGAACACCACCAAGAAUGUAUAUCAAACCCUUAUACAACAAAAGGAAUUAAUAGCAACAUCCAAGUAACAAGUGAAGUACCUGUAACUACAUUACCAACGGAAGCAUUCAGAAUACCUGUUACUGAAAAACGCGCUGAACAAAAUUCAAAUUCACUCGGAAUAAAUCCGAAAUUAAAUGUGCGGUUCGCACAAAACUUUGAAGAUACAACAGACCAUAAAGAUGAAUCGAAAAUUAACAAAACCAAUGUGACAUACGAUACAGUACAGACAUCAAAUCAGAUACCUCCCGUGAUACAUCGUGAGUUGGGAAAUGUAUCGAACGUUGAAGAGAACAAAGAUUUGGAAAUUAAGUUUGUAAAGAAUCAACCAGACGUGGAGAGCGUGUUGGAUUUCUGGAGCAAAUUGACGCAUCACGCGAAGACCGUAGCCACAAAAAUGCCGACCCUGCCACCGACGCCCACAGCACCCAACACGAACACAGAGAAGAAUUUCACUUCGUCAUUACACAUAGAAACAAACAAUGCAAACUUACACGCAAAAGAAAUUGAAUUGAUCAGUAAACUUCUAGCGGAAUACAUAGAGACCGAAAGCGGUUUCACAAUCGAAAAGAAAGUAACUAAAAGUGAAUACGCGGAAUAUACACCAAAGAGUAACGUUGCAAAUCCCAACAAAAAACCAGUCAAAGACCCCAAUAUUGCACGUGAUUCUAAAAAUAUUAUACCAUCAUUAAAAGAACAAAUUAAUGAAUUAAGCAAUUUAUACAACUUUACAAAAGAUGAUUUGCGCUCAACUAUGUUAUUCGAGUCUAUUUUGAACGCAGCUGAAGGCUAUCCGUUGAAAAUAACGUAUAAUAGUUCGCACCAUUACAAGAAGACACAGGAAACGCCAAACAGUCAAAUUCCGACACUCGAAACAACGACAAAAAAGCAGUCCAACGAAAGUAAUUCAUCGAAACUUCUAAACAGUCUUCUUCAAGUCCAGGAGGAAUUCGAGAAUUUUGCAUCAACCAUCUCUUACGCCAAAACUACCAUAAGAAAAACUGAGAAGAUAAAAAAUAAACAUCACGACGGUCCAGUAAUUAAUGAUCGCUACAAACACAAUAACGUACUUCCCUAUUUAAAUGAGGUAAAAAAUAGCUCACAACUCUUAGAGAAAAAGAGAAAUGUUGAGAAUAAUCCAGGAACAAUAGAAAUGAAACAAUGGAACCCAGUACGAGUAUAUCCUACGAAAAAAUCUAAUCAUGUUUUGGCAACAGGAGAUUAUGCAAAAAGGUUUGCUGCAAAUAAUCGUUCUCGAGCUUCACAAAUGAUGAAAGAUAAAUUAACACAAAUUAAAUCUAUAAGGAGGUUUUCCAAAUCGGAUGACGAACGAGAAGUUAGUUAUAGAACUGAACAACCGCAUUAUUUAAAUUUAGUUAACAAUCAAGCACAAUCUGCAGAAACAGAGAAACAUAAGGGAAAACAUAAAAGGCACCAUUAUCGCGAUGUGCAACCUAAAACAUUUAAGACCAUGCUACCAUCAAUGAAACACAAGAAACAAAACAAGCAUUCAACACAUACACACAGCGCAAUAAAACAACACGUUGAAAUUACAUCCGACGAGAAUGAUUGUUCGAAGUCAGGUGAUGAUUUGGUUAUCGAGAGGAGACAAUUAGGAAAUGCGUAUAAAAAAGAACAAGCAAAUUAUCGUUACAUGAAUAAUGAACUGACCAUGAACAAUGAAAUGAAAAAAAGAGGUCCUAGUAAUCGGCAACAUGUAAUAGAAAACACGAACGUUCCACGAAAUCGUCAAUAUAGGAUUGACUCACCGAUCAUUAAGAAAUGGCAACAUAACUCUGAUUCCAUGCUCCAAGUGAAAAGGCGUGACACGCCAGAUGUAACCAAUCAUGAACAGCAACCAGCAGUGGGUUUCCAACCAGCAAAGCGUUUGGAACCAGUAAUAGGUUUGCAAUCAGUAGUAGCUUUGCAACCAGCAAAUGGUUUGCAACCAUUGAUAGAAUCGCAACCUGCAGUAGCUUCGCAACCAGCAAUUGGUUCCCAACGAGCAGUAGAUUUACAACCAGCAACAGGUUCGCAACCAGCGGCAGGUUCACAUCCAAUCGUAAGAGUAAGAGCGAUUGGAGAAGCUCAACCUUUAUCACCUAAAAUAAUUAAAGAGAUUGCAGAAAAAGUCAAAGAAAUCGUGCUAAAGGAUAUAGAGGAAGGUGUUACUAUCAGAACUGUUGGGACCACUACCACUGUUGGGACCACCACGACUGAAGUGACUGUUCCGAGAACUCCUACUACAACAACCACUACACCUUUCCCGCUAGUCACGUCUGAAAAAUCAUCAACGAUGCAGAAAAACACUGAUGCGAACCCAGUCAUGCAGCAGCUAAUGGAAAUAUUCAAAGAGUUAAAAGGUAUACAGGAACCUACCACCACGGCCACCACUCAGGCGCCGCGGCCCACCACUGUGAGUACUGCGACGACGGUCCUACAGAAAGUUACAAAACCUGUCACAAAAAAUUACCCCAUACAAAAAUAUCCGCAAAUAUUUAACCCGUACAUGGUAAAACGUCCACCCAACCUUAACGAGCAAAUAGUAAACAACGCGCCAGGCGUGCCAUACAUAGCACAUUUAUACAACCGGCCCAUCACUAUACAAACCAAUGACGACCAGAUAGCCCCUCUCGCGAUACAAAUAUCCAAACCUUUAAAGGCCAUGAACCAGCAUGUUGUGAUCACUACACAAGAUCCCAACGAUAAAAUAAAACAAGAACUACAACGAGAGAGUAAGAAACGUAUCGAGGACAACUUUCGGAUGCCUCAUUCGGAUCUUACAAAAGUGCAAUUUGCAGACAAUAUCAAUAGACACGAUGACAGAAUUGCUUACAAGAGUAGAUUUAGUAAGGAUAGAGAUAAGCCGUGGUAUUACCAUGAAUACAGUGAUGACGUUCGCCACGACGACACGCAUCCAGUAGACUCGAGAUUCAAGGGCAGUUUGAGUCACUUGCAGGAUUUGAAUCGUGCGUCAAGUAUGAGUUACUCUGAGAAUCUACCGUACACCGGGAGAAUACAUCAACAUGAGUAUAACCAACAGAGUGAUAAGGGUAAUUUGGAUGUAAUGAAGCACAACUCGAGAGGCCAUGGUUAUUCUAACUAUGAGAGACACGAACCAGUAAAGUUUCAUGAAAACCUAGAAAGGGCUGAGGAUUGGCCACGAAACAAUUGGAAAGAAAUAAAAUCAGCGUCGGUAGAAAACAGUUGCGAAGAAAUACCUGCUAGGCAUCAGGUGCCUAUUAUAAAGGAGAAGGAACGGACGAGGUACGACGACACGCACUUCACGAACUUUCUAAAGUCGCAACAAAAGGUGACCGACAUGUUGGAGAAGAUGUUGGCGAAUAAUAUGAAGAAUUCCGCCGAACAACUGCUAAGUGUUGAGGAACCGUAG